AUGGCUCUCUGCAUCUCUGGAGAGAUACGAUGGUGGAUUUUUCUCACAAAGGGCCUCUUCUUCGGACUAUUGCUGUUCUCUUCCUUGGGUAAGGACUUCACUGAAGCACGAGAACGCAAGCAGGUACUCGCUUGGCGUUAAUAAGGAUCAGGCAGACGCAGCAAUGGAGAAUAAGAAGGUGAAGUUUAUUGCCAGGCAAUAAGGACCCAGUUUGGAAUCUCUUCCAAAAGGAACUGGGACCCCGACUGACAGAAAUCCAGAGGUCUUUAUACCUGAGCAGAUCACAGCAAAUCAUAGAUCAUGAGACAACCAUGAGGCAGUCAUGAUAUUGUCAGCAAAAAUUAGCCAAUUAGCAAGCUUCUUGCCAUGCUUCCAGCUCCUGGUCAAGCACGGAGUUCUAGUUCUGCUUUCCGCUCCUUGCAGUGACGCUCUGUCUAACCUCUCCCCUAGUUAUGACAGGACAGGGAGUUUGGAGAUUUUGUGGUUUUGCUCUUCCUGUUCUGCAGAUUAAUUUAGCCUGUAUCUGAGGGGAUUUUGUACCAAAAUCUCUGAUUCACGUCUUCCCCUUGUCCAGGGUACACGGAUGUUUGUAGGGGAAAGGUCAGCUCCUAAUUUUGCUGUUUCAAGCAGUUUGCAGUUAGCUAAGGCACAGCUUCCCUUUGAUUCAAAAUGGAUUAUAAAAUACUGUAAGCCCUGAUUAUGUGUGAGCAUAUAUGAAUAUAUUGAUUACUGAUAACUGAUUAUAUGAAUUGCAUAAGGGUAGCCCUUCUUCCUUGCCUCAUCACUGCUUUCUUUCUUUCUCUCUCUCACUCAGAAACUACAAGUAACCACCUACAUGCAUGCAUGGAUGGAGGGGACACUCUGAGUUUGAUUUAUCAUGAAGAGGGAAAUUAUUGUAGGAUUACCGGAUGUCCCCAGUUCCCGGGGACAGUCCCCAGGUUUGCAAAUCUGUCCCUGGCAAAUGUGGAAGUGACAGCCUCAGCAGCCCGGAGCCAGCCUCGUAGUGCAGUUGGCUCUGGCUGGCUUCAGGAGGUGCCCGCUGCUGUGGCGCCCACCAUUUUUCCUUGCCGGAACUUCCAGCGAGGACAAAGUUCUGAUGUAACUUUCUCCAAUAAAAAAUGGCAGUCACCAUGGCAGCGAGCAGCUCCUGAAGCCAGCCAGAGCCAACUGCACUACCAGGCUGACUCGAGGCAGCUGCGGCUGUCGCUGCAACUGCCACCGCCGAAGGGGAAACAGGUGCAAAAGAAGGGCUUUGCACUUUGCCUGGCAGAGAAACCACACGCCUUGCACCCCUCCUGGGCAACUGCUGCCCACCCGCGACUCCCGAGCCUCCCCUGAUCUGUCAAAACAAAGGGGGGAAGGGGCAGGAGAUUGGGGAAGGCUUGGGAGUUACGGGCAGGCAGCACGCCGUUGCCCAGUUUUUUAAAAACUCUGUGCAUUUAUGUUCCACAGGGUGUGAAAGAAGGGUUUGCACAUUUGUACAAUAUGCAUGUGUGCUUGGGCCCAGGGUCUUUUGCCUCACCAUCCCCACUACUGACUCCCUGUUGCUACUCAGCUUAAAAAAAAAAAAAAAAGUGUCCCCAGAUUCAUUGGAAAAAAUCUGAUAACCAUAUUGGCAAUAUUGGUUCCUAGCACUCAGGGACUCCUCUCCCCAGUUGGAACCCUCCUAGAACACCCUAGCUGGCUUCAAAGGGAGCUCCCCAUAGUCCAUCUCAGCUGUUAAAACCAGCAGAAGGCGCACUCUUGGAAGCUUCACCUGCCUCAAACAUAUGGGGAAGUGUCAGUCCAGGAGAAAACCUUCUUUGUGGCAGGCUGCUAAACUGUAGAAGUCCCUCCCUACAGAGUUGCACCCGGCACCUUUAGUGUAGAGUUUCCAUUAUAUGCUGAAGAGUCACCUCUUCACCCUACCAUUGACACGUGCAAUAUAAUUUUUAUUUUAUUAUUUUAUAAUAAUUUUAAUAUAUUUUUAUUAAUAACAAUCCAAUAUGACCAAAUAAUUACAAUACCAAAUCAUAAUUCAAUUAAAAAAGCCAAUUGUCAGAUUCCAAAUUAAACAUUUUGGUUGACUUGCCCUGUUCUGAUUUUAGGCGAUUUUUAGGACAUGUUGCUUCCUUGUUCCCACCUCCAAUCUGCUUAUUUAAUCCAAUAAUAUAGUUCCAAUGUUGAUCCUUUAUUUUAAGAGCCACUGAUGUGUUGACUUUCGUUUGGAUUUAACUGUUCCAUAUCCUUUAGUUUGGAAGAGGAUUUUAUAUCUGGUAACUCUGUGUGGAAUGUGUUUUUUUUUAAAACAUUCAACCUUCCUUUCUUGUUGCAAUCAAUAAUUUUCGGCAUUUCCCCCACCACCACCACCACUCCUAGGACUCAAUAUUACUGCAUAGUGACUUUUCACAAUCUUGCUUCUCUUAAAAACGAAAGCGGUCUGGCAUCUGGCCAUUACUCCGGGCUGAUUUCCAGCUUUUACUUUGAAUUCUUUCCAAUCCAAUGACAAGCUGAUAUCUCAACAACACCCUAAUAAAUCAAAGUUCAAGUUCUCCGUAGGAGGGUAUUGCCACAUAACAUCCCAAUAUUUCCCACAGUUCCAUUUUUUCAGUUAAUCCAUAAGCACUAUAAAGUUCUUAUUGAUUCCCUCUUGCAGUCCAUUAAUAAUUGCAAUCCAUUAAUAAUCACAAUCCAUUAGAAGCUAAUUUUCUUCUUCAGUGAAGUGAAGAAAACCAGAAGUCCUCUGCAAAAUAAUUUUUAGGGCCCUCCUUAUUACAUUUUAAGGCUGCAUUUUAAAUUGCAGUAACCUACUCUGGGACCUCAUGAUGGAGCUAAAAACAAUAAUGAUUAUAAUUUUGACCUUUGUUUGUAUCUCCUCCCCUACCACCCUCCCCUCACUAGAAACUUUAAGCCAUGCAGUGGGGAAUCCAACCCAUCAGCUGAAGGGGAUCCUGGGAGGAUCAAUCUUGUUUCCUGCCAAUGUAUCUCUAGGAAUAACAGUGGAGAAAAUGGAAUGGGACUUCCGCCCGCAAAGGCAUAACCUGGGCUAUUGGUGGGGGGAAUUCAGUCAUGGGAAACCGGAGCACCCAAGUUCCAGUGGCCGAUUUGGACAACGGCUAGACAUGGUGAACGAAACAACACUGAGGAUCAAAGACCUGGAGUUGGAUGACAGUGGGAUCUACAAUACUCGCAUCUGGUUUACUAAGACACUGUUUCAAGAACAGAGUUUCAGCCUCACCGUUUAUGGUAAGUUAUUGAUUUCACUGUUUGGCUCAUGUAAUAGGAUUAGCAUUAUUUUGCAACAUAGGUACUGAGAGGCAUGUGGGACACAAAAAAUCUGUUCCUUUCAUUUGUGUUCCACAGAGCCAGUGCCAACACCACAGAUAGACCACCAAGUGGAAUCCAAGACUCCAGGUGGAUGUAAUGUGACCUUGCGAUGCCACACACCUGGAAGGGAAGAUCUCAGUAUCUCCUGGGAAACAGGGUGUCCACACAGGGCCUUAGGAAAGAGUGUGAAUCAGUACCAGGUUUCUGACAAUGGCCAGGAGCUCCAUAUCUCCUUCUGGAACAGUUCUUUGGACUCCAAAUUCACCUGUCUGGUUACAAAUCCUGUUGAUCAAAAGAGAGCCUCCUUUGACUUGCUCAACAUCUGCCAGAGUGAUGAAGGUGAGCAAUAUAUCCUUUCCUUCAUUAUCCAGAGGAGGUGCUUGUUGUGGUGUAACGCCGGCUGGCCCUUAACAUCAGGGAUUUGAAGAGAUGUGUUUGUAUUAAUAAAUGCUGCUCUUCAAAUGCUUGUGAGCAGGAUCGGACCAUACACAGAGCCCCUUGAAGACUGAUCUGAUCCUAUGAAUUGCUGCUGCUGCCCCCAUCUCCUCCUAUUCCUAGCUUAAGACAUUGAUUCAGGGCAGGCAAGUGUGUCUGACUGCAUUGACAGCCCAAAUCAUUGCAAUACAAAUGGUAUAGAUUAGCAACGCUUUUUUUAUCUCUUGUUAUUUAUUCUACUGCUCUCAGCUGAGUGUGAACAUGAGACUCCAAAUCUUGGGGUCAUGAGUUUAAGCCCCACCUUGGGCAAAAGAUCCCAGGGGUUGGACUAGAUUACUCUAGUUGUCCCUUCCAACUCUACAAUUCCAUGGUUUUGUGAGACUCUGGCGGCUGUUAUUAAAAUGUUUUGAGAAACUCUUAUUGCUCAUUACAGGUGGACACCUUCAACUCUUGAGUUGGAGUCCAUGGCUUAUGUGAUGGCCUGGGAUUCCGAUUCGGAGGAUGAAACAGAGGAAUCCCGGCCUGCACAGGAGUCCCCGCCUCCAGGGCCGGCUGAACUGGGGCAAGGCCUUGAUGCUGAAGAGCCUGCACCUGUGGCAGUGCAUCAGGAGCUGGCCCCAGGUGAAGCCCUUCGGGCCCCAGAGGGGCUUGAUGACUCAGUGGCCACAGGUGAGCCUCCUCCAGGGCCCAGUAACCCUUCGGCCUCUCCUGAUCUGCAGAGGCUUAGGGCAGAGAGGCGAAGGGAACUGGUUGCCCCAGGAGGAGUGCUCGCCUUAAGGCCAGAGGAGGCGGGGCUCCUGGGGACCGGGACCGCCCCUGGCCUUAGAAGAGGAUAAAAGCCCAGUCAGCCCGGCCCCAGGUUGCGGGAGCAACGUCGUUGUUGGCUUCGGACCUUCCUGUGUUCCUGAUCCCUGCUCGGCUUCCUGUUCCUGACUAUCCGGUACUCCUGUUCCCUGCUCGGCCUCCUGUUCCCGACCAUCCGGUGUUCCUGUUCCCUGCACAGCCUCCUGUUCCAGCAUUCCUGUUCCCCGCCCGGCUCUCUGCCUCGGACCUUGCCCCUCUUCGUGUGGACUCUGCUACACCCAAGGUACCUUACCCCCGGGACCAGCACAGCUUAUCUCUUCAGUCAUAGUUCUUCUGGUGAUAAUGGUGAUGGUGAUGGUGAAUUGGAUGUGCUGGAAGAUCAGAUUAGAAAGGAAUAGAAGAGGUAGGACCAUCUCUACUGAUCUUCCCAUCUCUCCUGAGAUGGGGGCUUCCUGCCAAAUAUAUCUCUUCCUUUAUUUUGCCUAUUCCAAGUGAGAGAGACUGGUCAGUGCCAUGAACUAAAUAAUGUGUCUCAUGUUGCAUUCCACAGGUGUUCCCUCUGUGAUGCGAGAGAAAGGGGAGAAUAUCUGGAGCUCAGGAGCCACCCAGAAGAUGUUGACGAUGAGGUGAGAUGAACAGUGUGCAAAGUAAUGAUGGAGUGAUUGUUAUAUAAUAGCAGUGAAAGCAUCUGAUACAUUUUGGAGGCAUUUAAUACUUUCAAAAUUAUUAUUAAAGUGGCAAUCUCUUAUAUUUAAAGAAACAAAAACAACAACAAGCAGAUUUCAAACAGGCCAGUGACCCGAUAAUAAACGGCAAUCAAUGUGGCACAACCUGUCACUACAAACCAUCUCUGUUCGUCUCUUAACAUUGUCUAUCGGUGGCACUGGACUCCAUCACAUCGAGCCAAAAUAAACUCUAGCAUCUCUCCCUUAUGCUGGAAAGGCUCAUAUGUCCAUGUAUGGUGGAGCUCCAUGUUGUAAUACUCCUUUUGGGAAAAGGUGUUUCACAUUAUUUCCAAAAUUACGCAGCAAUCCACUCCACCCACAUCAGCUCUUGCCUUGUUAUCAUUAGACUCAAAUUUAAACAAUAACCUUAAAUACAGAGACUUUGUAUUUUUACUAUUAUCAGCAGCCCAAUUAGGAAUCGGCCAAUACUGGAAACAACUAUAGAAAUCACCACAGAAGGAGUACUUAAAGGCACUUCAAAGAUAGACACUUUUGGCAAGACUUGGCUUCCACUCUUUUCCUUCAUAAAAUGAGACACAGUAUACUUUUAUUCCACCCACAACCUAAGAAUCUCUGUGGAGAGGCUACUUGAAUUGUCAAUACAUAAAUAAAUGUAUUGCUUGUGUACUGUCUGGUACAUAUGAAACUUAAUAAGACUGUACCACUGGACAAGUUACUGUAGUUAUAUGUUGCUCUUGUAUUUACUGUACAUUAAAACCAAUAAUGAUUAAUUGAGUUUAAAAAACCAAAAACAGGCCAAUGACCCAAACCUCCUGAUCAAAAGACCUAACAAAUGGAUUAUGGCAGAAGGGGAGGCAGGCAGCUUGUGCAAAGGUCCUGUUCCCAUCAGGAGAACAUCCAUGCCCAGUUAAAGCGAACAGAAUUGAACCCUCUCCUCACCAGCUAGUGAACAGAGAAUCCAGCCCUCUGGCCGCAGGGCUCCACUUCCCACAUCCUUCCCCCAGUGAACCCAACAGGAUUGCUCUCUCCCCUCACCAGCUCUUCUGGAGUCUUCCCAAAAUACUCCUUUUAUCCUUGAUUAUUUAUCAUUGAUAAUAACUGAGUGCUGGAGAAUGGAAAUGACAUAUUUUUGUCAAUUCAAAACUGGCAAUUCCACCCAUUCUCUUAGGGACUUAGUUAUGGCAAGUUCUCCCAUGGAACUAAAAAGCUAGCCCCAAGGAGUGGAACUGAGGUGCAGGGAAGAUGCCCGCUUUUAGGCAAAUUGGUAUAUCUUCUUGGAGAACGCUGGACUUGGACAGGACUUUAAUUUUCGUCAGGGUUCAGGUGGGCCCAAAUGCCCAGAAAUUCUUUUAGAAGUUGCAUCCCCAGAGUUCCUCCUGUCAUGUUUUCUCUCAAUGCAGAUUGAACACUGAAUCCCACAGACCAACCCUGCAGGUUGACUCAGAGAUAGGAGGAAUUCUCAAGAAGUUCCACACUACCCAGAAAACGCUUUUCCUUCUCUCUCUUCUUGUACAGUCUCAGACACAGAGCCCUCAGAGAUUGAACACUGCAUCCCACAGACCAGCAUGGAAGAUCAGGCACAUCUCCAGGAGCCCCUGCUGA